GCCUGCGCAGUAGUGGUCGUUGCGGUCGCGCGGAGGAGCUGAAGAGUCCUUCGCUGUGGACCCGAGGGCGGCGGCGGCGGCGGCGGGAUUCCCGACUGCGGCGGCUGUGAGACGCGGAACGGCCGCACCAUGGCGGACGAGGAUCUGGAGGCACUGAGGAAGCAGAGGCUGGCCGAGCUGCAGGCCAAGCACGGGGAUCCUGGUGAUGCAGCCCAGCAGGAGGCCAAACAAAGGGAAGCAGAAAUGAGAAACGGUAUCUUAGCCCAAGUUCUGGAUCAGUCAGCCCGGGCCAGGUUAAGUAACUUAGCACUUGUAAAGCCUGAAAAAACUAAAGCAGUAGAGAAUUACCUAAUACAGAUGGCACGGUAUGGACAACUAGGUGGGAAGGUAUCAGAACAAGGUUUAAUAGAGAUACUUGAGAAAGUAAGCCAACAAACAGAAAAGAAAACCACAGUUAAAUUCAACAGAAGAAAAGUAAUGGACUCUGAUGAAGAUGACGAUUUCUAAGAUAAAACUUUAGAGACUUAAUGGAGCGCUUUCUAGGGUGGUUGCGAUCUGUUAAAUACUUACUUUGUUUAUUGUCUAUAUGUGUCUUGAAAAAAAAAUAAACUUAUUAUGCAAACUCAA